AUGUCCAACACCGAAGAGUCUGCAUUCACCUUCCUCCCCCUCGGAGCCAUAAUCCAGGAAUUCAACGUGGGUGGCACCAAUAUUGUGCAGGGCUUUAAGACCCAAGAGGACUACGUCAACCACAACAGCCCUUACUUCGGCGCCACAAUCGGCCGAGUUGCCAACCGCCUCAAAGAUGGCCUACUGGAAAACGUGAAUGGCCAAACCUAUACAUUGGAAAAGACCAAUGCGCCCAAUGCGUUGCAUGGUGGUUCAAAGGGGUGGGAUAAGAGGAUCUUUGAAGGUCCCAAGGCCGUGAGUCGCAAUGGGAAGGAAAGUGUCUUUUUCAAGUAUUUGAGUAAGCACGAAGAGGAGGGUUAUCCCGGUACGCUGGAGGUUAGGGUCUGGUAUACUGCUAGCAAAGAAGAUGGCAAGACCGUGUUAGUAACGGAGUAUGAGGCGGAGUUGGUGGGCGAUGAGGUUGAGGAGACUGCAGUCAAUAUUACCAACCACUCGUACUUCAAUAUUUCUGGAGGCCCAGACAUCAUCGGCACAAAAGCCAAGCUAGCAACAGACGUGCACCUUCCCUUCGACUCAACCUCCAUCCCUCUCGGCGGCAUCGGCCAUUUCACCAAAGUCCCCGUCGCCGAGACCUUCACUCUGCAAGGCGCUGAGACCGAAAUCGACGACUGUUUCCUAAUCGAAACAGACCCCUCCAAAGUACCCCUCGACACCAGACCCCUACCCUUGAACCUGUUGGCCGAAUUCAGCCACGAAACCACUAAAAUCCAUCUCGAAGUAUACAGCACAGAGCCUGCAUUCCAGUUCUACACUGGAAACUUCAUUGAUGUUCCCGCUGUUAACGGGCUCCCUGCCCGUGGAAAGUAUGCCGGGUUCUGUGUUGAGCCUAGUCGGUACGUGAAUGCGCCUAAUGUACCGGAAUGGAGGCAUAUGGCUGUGCUCAAGAAGGGAGAGAUUUAUGGUUCGAUAACGGUGUAUAAGGCGUGGAAGGAGUGA